AUGUCAUACAUUACUCUAGAAUUUCUCCAGGAUCUUCUUAAGGAUGAAUAUCCCGAUGUUACUAUUCAGGAUUUUGAGGGUGCACCGGGUUCAAAGCGAGGGGACAACUAUACUUCAAUGGUUUACCGAGUAACUUUGAAGGGAUCACGCAAACACAUCGAUCAAGACGGGACGACCGAGGUCAUCGAACCCUGGGAAGGGUCUAUAGUAUAUAAAUGCUUACCAGAGAGCAUUUUACGUCGAGAAGCGUUUAAAAGCGACGAAUUGUUUUGCAACGAAGUCGCCUUCUACAAUAAGAUAUGGCCAGCUCUAUCCAAAUUUCAGAGUCAAUGGGAAAGAGUUACUCAUCCAUUCAAAUCUAUACCAAAAUGCUAUCUGGCGCAAAACGAUUUAGUUAUACUCAGGGAUUUAAAGGAAUCGGGGUUUGUGAUGCCGGAUAGGACGCAGGGCUUGAGUAUUGAACAGUGCUAUUUUGUUUUGAAGCAUUUGUCGCAUUUUCAUGCUCUUUCAUUGGCCAUGAAGUAUUAUGAUCCUGAGGGGUUUUAUGAACUACUGAAUAUACAGGACGGGAUUUCUGAAGUAUUUUUCCUCGCUGAAAACGAAAAUUAUUAUAGAAGCUACUAUAGCGAAGCGACUCGUAACGCGAUAGCUAUGGUAGAGGAAGAAUUAAAAGAAUCAAGUGACAAAGAGAAGUAUUUAGAUCCGUUUAGAAGGUUCUGCAGUGAGGACACGUUCUUCCAAACCAUGGUGGACAUGGUGGCUCCGAGGGAACCAUUGGCGGUCAUUUGUCAUGGCGACUGUUGGACAAACAAUAUGCUGUUUAAAUUUGUAAAUGGUGAUAUCGCAGAGAUGUACAUUGUAGAUUUCCAGCUGGCUCGAUACGCAUCUCCAGCUCUUGACCUGGUGUUCCUUAUAUACCUGUGCUUGGAGCGCGAACAACGCGCGGAACACACACAAGCAUUGCUCGAGUAUUACACAGAUGAACUACAUGCGAGGUUGCUUGAGAUGAGUGAUGGAAAUAUUAUGGACAGAGACACGCUCUAUGAUAUGUUACAAGAGGAGUUCAAAAGGAGCAGUCGCUUUGGUCUCGGUAUCGCAUUGGACAUGUACCCCAUUAUGACGUGUGACAGUAACGAAGCACCCAAUCUCUAUCAAGAAAAGGAGAAAGAAGCAGCGCCCGCUCAUGAGUGUUGCAAGCCAGUUUGGACAUCCAACGCUGAUUGUAAAAAGAAAAUGACCGACUUAGUUAUCGAACUCGUCGACGAGGGAUUAAUAUAAGUUAUCGAAUGAAUGUUAUUAUGUAUUUAUGUUCUAAUGUUUAUUAGUGAAAUUCAAUAAACUUCUGUGAAAUA